AACGAGCAACAACAGCUACAAAGGGAUUUCCAUGAAAGGCUGAGAACAUGCUGAUGUCACUUGCUCUGCAGGCAGCCGGAGCUGCUGAAAGAUUCUGCUCUUGCCUUCCCAGCUGCGGGCACUUUCUUCAUUUGCUCUUCUUUUGAAGGGGACAGGAGACAAGCAAAUGGCAGUCUUUCUUGUCCCUUUGGAUCACGCUGGGACGAUAAUUUCCACACACAGCUUCACAUUCGUCUUGCGCAAAAGAGCAUUCUUCACCUCGACAAGAAUUCUACAACCGAUAACCAUCGUCUGUAGCCAAAGAUAAGCAUGGCAGAGGGAGGGGCUUCAAGGCGCUGGGAGGCAAAGAGACGGGAUGUCAAGAGGGCAGAGGCCAGGCUCAGCCAGGGGCUGCGCAGCUUGGAAGAAGCCCGGCUCUACUGUUUGAAUGCCAUGACCAAGGAACAGCAGCGACUCCAGCAGGAACUCCUAAGGUUACAGAAAAGUGAGGGCUGCUCCAAGCAGAAAUACUCAGUGGGCACUGGACACAUUAACCUUCAAGCAACUUUUCCGCUAUCUCCUCCUCUGGCAGGGCAGAAUUCUGGUGGCUUUCAUUAUUCAGGACUGCGAGCCCGAAGGAAAACGUUGCCUAAGACUGGAGAGCUUUCAUGGACAAAGCAGUCUUCCUUCCAUCCAUGGAGACUCAGUGGAGAUGUCUCUGGUUAUGAAGGAAAGAGAAAAGGGCACUUACCACCCUUGGAGGUCAAAGACCCAAAUGUGGUUGAUGACAGGGACAUGACUAGCCUUAAAGACUCCAUGGCUAAGCAGCUAAAUAUUUCAGCAGAGUCUGUGGACAGGAAGGACAUUGAUAUCACAGAAGAGCGAGAAAAAGACUCCAUGAAAGAAGAGCCAAGGGAUUCUCAAGCCAAAGAUACCACUACCAUCACCAAGCACAUGAACCUCCCUGUGAAGCGAAGACCUUCUCUGGAUCGUGAGAGGCUGAUCAUGGAUCCUGAGGCCUAUGCUGCAGAUGGACACCUCAGGACUAUGUACAGCAGGCCUGAUUUCCUCAAGUCUUAUGGUGAAGUUAGGAAUGCCCGCUAUAUCCGGCACAAGGGUCUUCCAGCCUGGGAAAAGGAACUCAGCCUUCAAGAUAUAUUUGGGCACAAAAAAGCCAUGGGGCAUUCCUCCCAGGAACAGGUUGAUGCCAAAGCAAAGCCCUAAGCAGGCAGAACAGCCAGAUCUAGCAAAGCAAAGCAAAGCAAAGCAAAGCAAAGCAAAGCAAAGCACCAAGAGGCCUCUGUAGAUAAGGCUGAAGAGACCAGAUCAUUUAGUUACUUCCAACAGGCAAGCUAAAUGCAGCCUGUGCUGUGGCUUGGUCUCAGACUGGCAGCAAAAACGAGUCUUUUAUCAAGCCUCUGGGGGGCUGCUAUACACAAGGACAAGUGGUGAGAAAAUAGAGUAAGAGGGGAAGGGGGUGAGGAUUAAGGGGAGAUGGAAGACUCUAGGGUGUAUAAAAAUCUGCUUCUUUGGGAACAUAUAAAUUGAGAUCAAUGAGUAUGUACAUAAAAAAUUCUACCAAAUGACUUAGUUUUAGCAGGAGUAGCAAUCAAAUCACUCUCAUUCUAAACCACACUGAUUAUAUGAAGGGAGUUUGGGGAAGGAAUAUGAAUGAGGAAUGGGCUUUAGUUCUGGAACUCAAAUUCUGGUGCUCAGAAGAAACUGGUAAUUCUAAGCAUAUUUUGUUCAUUAGGUUCCAAUUGGUAGAUGUUGGAGUUCUUCUAAAAAUUCAGAGUAAAUUGAAAUAGAUAACAUAGUCCAAAAAUUAGGGCAGAUGUUGUACCUAUGAGUUCUGCAUUUUAAACUCAAUCUGAAUACAGAAGAUGCAGACUGAACAACUCAUGAAUAAAGUCUGCAGGUAUCAGAUUAAAUUUAACAUUCUAGGGUGAAGAAACAGUAACUUGCCCUUUUGUUCUAAAAACAAUGGUAGCCUAUAAUUCCCCCCCUCCCCAGCUGAUACUACACUUCUGAUAACCCCAGCCUUAUCUCCAAGAAAAUAAGACUUCCAUUCUCCUUCAUUAGCAAUGUUUGGUUAGGAGAAUCAGUUCAUUCAGUGCAGAUUCACACUGGGGAUGAUAAAAUUGAAGAUAAACAAAUUAGGAUACAACACUUCAGUUAAAUUCUGUUAUAAAUUGCCAUUUCAAUUUCAUGUAACAACCAUUAUCUUUUUUCAUCAGCAUUUGAAAACUCUUAUUAAUAUGUGUGGGCUUUCAAAUGUAAUGGAGGAAAUGGAGCCUGGGAAAUAUAUUUAGUAUUUAUUAUCAAAGAAUGCUCUGGGAAAUGGAUGGUUCUGUUUAAGUGAUUCAUUCAGUGUACUAUACUGUCUUUAGUGAACAUGAUCAUUGGUUUGAGCCCAUGUGAUACAUCUUCAUUUUCUGAAGCUAAGAAGGCCUGGACCUGGUCAAAGAUUGGGUGGGGGAGCACCUGGGAAUACUCCCAAUGCCACAUCUGAUUUGCAAACUAUUUAAAUAAAUAUACACAACAAACA